AUGUUCCGUCACUCAAUAGCGUUUACUCCGCCGGUCCAUGGCUCUGAUACGCCGCCGCCGCCACAGCAGCAGCCGACGGUUGUGAACGUGAGCGAGAGCUCUAGAAGGCAACAGAUCGCAGCAGCUUCUUCCUCUCCUGUGAAGUCUCAUCCGCUUCAUAACUUCCCUCUUUCUGAUCUCAGGUGGGCUAUGAAUCACGCCAAUACACAUCGGCUCCGGAAACCAUCCGGCAGAUCUCCUCUCCGUGAAGCUACUAAUCACGGCAAAGGCACUGAGGAUGUGAACGAAGCAUCUGGCUCUUCUUCUUUUGAAUUGAGACCGGAGAAGCAGAAGAAUAAGAAGAAGGAUGUUGUUUAUGACUCCGCCGCAGAUCGAUCCGGGACUAAGUCAACGGCGGCGGACGGUAGAUCGAAGAUCUUUAUCCGGAUCCGCACGAAGAACAACGAAGAAACAGCUGAUGUUGCUGUCUCCGCCGCUGCAGUCUCCACCGCCGUUGCUGAUGUUCAUGAGACUGAUGAUAACGAGGCUGCUGAUGUGUCUAUAGGUGAACGGAUCUCCGAUGGUGGUCAGGAAGGAGAUGAGUUUGGUCCGAAGACUUGGAACCUAAGGCCGAGGAAACCACCGACGAAGAAGCGUUCAAUCGGUGGAAGCUCUGGUGGAAGUGGAGCGUUAUUGACGGAGAGCAAAGCUCAGGGGACGGUUAGAACGGAGGCUAUUCGAUCAAGGAACGGUGUGGAUGCUAAGAUUGCGACUAUGACGGAGAGGAAGGAGAAGAAACCGAGGUUAUCAAUCUCGUUAUCAAAGUUGGAGAUUGAUGAGGAUAUCUACUCGUUGACCGGAUCAAAACCUAGUAGAAGACCAAAGAAAAGAGCCAAGAACGUGCAGAAGCAGCUCGAUGUUCUUUUUCCAGGUUUGUGGAUGGGUAACGUUUCUUCAGACGCUUACAAGGUCUCAGAACAUGCUUAA